AUGAGCUUAUACGAGGGGUUGGAACGGCGCGCGAGUGGCCUCUUUGAUUAUGGCUUGCUGCCAGUCUGCGCUGCUGCAGUAAUAAGUCACCGGAUGCUGGCUUCGAAAGACCACAUUAGCAGUACCAAGACAAUGUGUGUCUUGGUCAACAACCGUUCCGACCUCCCGAAGCUGCAAAACAAUUGGAACACAUUCAUGGCCAAGGCGAAUACCUUCAAAACGCAUCCCGCGGCCGACAGUGCCAAAAGGGCUGAAUGGAAGACAAAGGGAGCCGAAAUAGAGGCAACUUGGGGGCCGUUUCUGCCCAAGGUUCCAGACGGCAUGCUCAAGGGCCAACUCAAAAUGACGGGAAAUGCAGCCUUGGAGGGGCCGCAAAAGUUCGGCUAA